UCCCUCCUCUCCCGAGUCUCCUCUCCUCUUCUCUCUUCGUCUUCUCCGACGAGGAAACAAUCGAAAGGCAUCAUGGCCGCCGCCGAGCCCCCGGCGACGGGGGGUUUCUUCGGCAUGCUGAGCUUCCGGCGGAGCGCGACCGCGGUGGCGUCGUUCGACCCGGCCCAGGACGACGAGCUGCUGGCCCUGGACGCCCUCCAAUCCCACGUCGCCGACCGCCUCGCCGCGCUCCUCUCCGACGCCCAGCAGCAGCAGGGCCCGGUCCUCUCGAUCGGAUUCCUGUCCAAGCUCCUGGACGCCGUGUGCUCCUCCGACGCCUCCUUCCGCGACGUCGUGGCCGUCGCCCCGGUCGCCGCCGCUCUGUCCAGGCCUCCCGCCGACCGCCUCGCCCGCGACCUCCUCGAUCGCAGCGUCAAGACCCUGGACGUCCUGAACGCGGCGUCCCUGACGCUCGCCUCCCUCCGCGGCGCGCACCGCGCCGCGCUCACGGCGGCGUCGUGCCUCCUCCCGGCGCCCAAAUCGCGCGCCCAAUUCGCCCGCGCGCGCAGGGCCAUCGCCAGGAUCGGAGGAGACGAAUCCAACAAAUUAAUCUCCGCUUCACCAUCAACGCCGUCGCCUUGCUCCCGAAGCAUGCGCGCGCUGUCCCUGAGCGUGUCCAGGAACUGGUCCGCGGGGCGCCACAUGAACGCCAUGGCCGCGCACCUCGCGCCGCCGCCUCCUCUUCCUUCCCAGGUGGGCGCGGGCUGCGGGCUGGGCCUAACCCUCUACACGAUGAGCUCCGUGCUGGUGUUCGCGAUGUGGGCGCUGGUGGCGGCGGUGCCGUGCCAGGACAGGGCGUCCGCGGCAAUCAAUCCCCCCGUGGCGCCGCCCAAGCAGGCGCAGUGGGCGCAGGCCAUGGCCGCGCUCCAGGACCGGAUCGCGGACGAGUGGCGGCGCAAGGAUAAGAAGCUCCCUCCGGGUAGUGGUGGUGGUGGAUCUUCCUCCUCUGCCAUCGGCACCGAAGGGGCAGGAGGCCUGCUCGCCGAGAUGCAGGCCGUGGAGCGCGCCGCCCGAGACCUCAACAGCCUGCUCGAGGAGAUCGCCGAGGACGACGAGGAAGAGGUCCAUGGCAUGGUCAGCGAGGAACGCGCGAGGGAGGUGACGGAGCGCGCCGAGGAGCUUGCAGCGGCGUGCCGGGCGCUGGAGGAGGGGCUGGCGCCGCUGGAGAGGCAGGUGCGCGCCGUCUUCCACCGCGUCGUCUCCUUCCGCUCCGACCUCGUGCGAUGCAUCGACAACACCGCGCGCACCAAUGCCGCCGCCUCGGCGACGCCGCAACACCACUCCUUCUGAUUCAUUCAAUUGCCUCCUCGCGUCCUCGGGGAUCCAUCAAAUUGUUCUUCUCUCCCCUAAUGUACUGUAACUGUACUGUACCAUUCUUUGAUUUCUACUCCUACCUUUACCCUUACCCCGUUGUGUAGAUUUUCUGCCUGUAAAGUAAAAACUAACAACACCUUGUUUAGUUCUCUUGUGCACUGUAAUAAUCGAUAUGCUGAAGAGCAUUGCAAUUGUUAUCAA